AUGUCAAGGGAAAUUAUUAACAUUCAGCUCCUACCGCAUUGUAUCCCGCUCGCAAAAGCUCAUACAUACCUGCUAUUCCACGCCGCUUUAUUCAUACUAAAUACGUUCUCUGAUACAACUCUAUACGAAAAAAGGCCGGAAAUCAGGCAAAUUGGAGAUGCCUUUUGGAGUAUGCUUCUGGCUGAGCAUGGCCUAGAUGAAGGCGGAGUCUAUAAAUCGAAAGAUCCUCAACAAUUGGAUCGAAUUGGGACAUACUUCGAGGAAAUUGAACCCCGCGCGGGGCAACCUGCACGUUACGUACCACGCAGUGUCCAGGUAGAUCUCGAAGGUGGUGUUAUCGGCAGGUUGAGAAGUGGUGAACGAGGAAAACUAUUUCCCCCAGACUCUUGGGUACAUGCCGACAGCGGAGCUGCUAAUAACUGGGGAAAGGGCCAAGGUGCAGAGCUCGUCGAGAGUUUAUUGGAACUAGUUAGGAAGCAAUCAGAGAAAUGCGAUGCUUUACAGGGCUUCCAACUGGUCCACUCUCUCGGUGGUGGAACUGGUUCAGGGCUUGGUACUUUAUUGCUCUCGAAGCUCCGUGAAGAAGAGCCGGAUAGGAUGCUAGCAACAUUCUCCGUGAUGCCAAGCCCACUCGUGUCGGAAACAGUUGUAGAGCCCUAUAACGCUAUGCUAUCCAUCCAUCAACUGACGGAGAAUAGUGACCUUACCAUUUGCAUGGAUAAUGAAGCCCUCCAUAAUAUCAAUGUCCGCAACCUCAAGAAGCCACAUCCGGACUUUAAUGACCUGAACCGGGUUAUUGCCCAAGUGAUGUGCGGUGUUAGUACCAGUCUUCGGUUCCCGGGUCAGUUGAAUGGGGACUUAAGGAAGCUGGGUAUGAACCUAAUUCCAUUUCCUCGUCUUCAUUAUCUACUGCCAAGUUAUGGACCUCUCGUAUCGGAUAUAACAAGUGCCUAUCAGGUGAGUACUUGGAUAGUGAGAUUGUUUGUGUCUCUGACCCCUCAACAGAGUCCGGCGGUUCCAGAGCUAGUGGCGUCUUUGUUCGAUCGCAAUAAUCUACUGGUAGCCUGCGAUCCAAGGAUGGGUCGAUACCUCACGGCUGCCACUAUUUUCCGCGGUAAAAUAUCAAGUCAAGAAAUAGAGAUAGCUGUCCAGCAGCUGCAAACGAAGAAUUCCUCCGCCUUUGUCGAAUGGAUCCCCGAUAAUGUUUCUAUCACCUUGUGUUCUGUUCCUCCGGUAGGCCAGAGUCAGGCUGGAGUUUGCCUGUCGAAUACGACUGCCAUCCAAGAAAUGUUCAAGAGGAUUGCUAAUCUUUUCUCUGCAAUGUACAAGCGCAAGGCCUUUAUGCAUUGGUAUACCGGGGAAGGCAUGGAUGAGCUCGAGUUCUCCGAAGGUGAUCCCCAGUCCUUCAUUGUCCCUGCAUUUAAAUUAACGGCCCUCGUUCUCAGCGGAAAGCAACCGGCUCAAGGGUAUGCUCCAGAAAUGGUGCCGGAGAUGAGACAUAUGCAGAAUCGUCUAUCGGCCAAUAUGAAGACGAAACCCCAUCGGAGUACUGAUGGCUAUCACGGGCGUGAAUUUGCCGACGUCCUUGCUGACAGAUUGUUCUCACAGACUGGACUUAACGUCGUACACCCCGUCGACACAGACGAAAAAAAGAAAGAGUCCGACAAUGGCAAAGGUGGCACCGGAGUACCUACGAGUGACAGCCAACCCUCUACGAAUGCACGGGACAGAAGUUUAUCUGAGCAAGGAAAUGCCCAAACUGCACCUAUAUACGGAACUUGGAGCACUAACUCUAAACCUCCCGUCGAGCCGAUCGACACUGGGCUUGCUAAUCCAUAUGGGACAAUACGCAAGUCAACACUUAGUCCAGGUCCUAUGAGUGCACCUGCUUUGAUUCAAUCAAG